GAAGGAGAGGGAGGAGAGAGAGAGGGAGGAGAGAGAGAGAGAGGAGAGAGAAGAGGGAGAGAGAGAGGGGCAAGAGAGAGAGGGAGAGGGAGAGGGGGGAGAUGGAGAGGGAGAGCCGGAGGAGAUAUCGAAGGAACAUGAAGCUAUUUUGAAGAUGGCAUUCGGAGAGGAUCGUGAAUUAGGAUUUGAGGAGAUUGAAGAGUUGCGCGCGGCCUUUACCGAAUUCGACAAAAACCGCGAUGGUUUUCUCAACUGCAAAGAUCUCGGGAACUGCAUGCGGACUAUGGGAUACAUGCCGACUGAAAUGGAACUGAUCGAACUCUCGCAGGUCAUCGUUCGAUCGGAUCGGGACGGGAGGAUUACGGCGGUGGAGCUCCGAGACGCGUCCACGCUGCUCGCCGGGCAAGGGAUCGGGGUGAGGCAGGCGGAGGAGAUGAUGAGAGAGGUCGAUGAGAAUGGAGACGGGUCGGUGGACUUUGACGAGUUUGUGCAGAUGAUGUUUCAAUAAGUCACCUUGGAACUCUGUGAAGGGGGAGCAUCGGGUGAACAGCGAUCUCAACGCAGUCUCCCCCACCCCCCCCCCCCUCUCUCUCCCCCUCUCUGUAUUUUUGACCUGAACAUAGAAUUAAAGUCGUUUUGUGUG